AGCAAAAUCAACAUAUUAUUUUUUCAUAAUGUCAUCAGACAUCGUUAUCACGAAACGAAUAAAUAAAAUUGAUCAUGAAUCUCGAAAUUUUUUACUGAUCGGUGUAAUAAUUGCUAAAAGUGAUCCGAAAUUUUUUGAAUCCAGUUCGAUGCGUUCAGAAAAAGAUUCUGAUACCGCACGUGGUGUAAUAACUCUAACUGUUCGGGAUAGCGAACGAGAUACUAUAAAUUGUACCAUUUGGGGCUCUCAGGUGAUGAUCGAGUCUUACGACAGCCUGUUUCAUAUAGGUGAUGUGGUUAACAUAAUUAAACCAAAAGUGCUACCGUCUUGUCAUGAUCGAGCCGAACAAUUUAAUCCAACCACAACGUCAAUGUUCAGUUUGUCCUUGGGCGAACAAGAAGAUUGUAAAAUCAAGCUACACGAAGGGUCUGGUAUUGAAUCAAUGAAAAAAUUGGUGUUUGUUCCUACGGUUCCUGCUUCAGAAACUUAUUCUUUGGCAGAUAUUGCUGCUGGUGGUCAAAAUAUAAACGGACAAAGCCUCAAUAUACUUGUGGCAGUUCGAAGCGUCAGACCAAAGAAACAAAUCGUUGUUGCUAAAACGGGCAAGCUCAAAUAUCUGCGGGAGGUUAUUUUAAUGGAUGCCUCUCACGCUGGAAUGUCCAUGAAAUUUUGGAGUAAUGAGCUGAUCGUACGCAUUGAUAAAUGGAUUCCUUUGACAACCAUUCUUCUCAUAAAGGACGUAAGAGUAGAAUUUGAUCAAUAUUACAAAACUGUUUGCCUGGGAAUGAGCGGCCGAACAAUAAUCACGGAAGAUCCUGCGAUCGAGGAAGCUGAUAAGUUAUUAGUAUACGUUACGAAACUAUCUUCUGUACAGGAUUUGGAUAUCACGUGUUCACUUUUAUCAAACACUACAGAUCUUGCAACGAUCACAUCGGUUAUGACCGUAAAACAGAUUCUGGAUCGUGCGGAAGGUGACUUAAAAACAGAAGAGGAACAGUUUACAGUUCUUUGUUAUGCAGUACUAACGAAAUUUGAUUUAGAUGGUUGUACCAGAAUAAUUGGGCGGAAAUGUUUUAGUUGCAAAACUUUUCUUCGUAUAUCCGAUUCAAAGUGUCAGAGGGAAGAGUGCCAAUAUAAUCCUCCCAAUGUUAGUGUGUUUUUCGAUAUACCAGUAGAUAUAACCGACCACACUGGAACUCUAUCGAAUUGUUCUCUAAUGAAUCAAGCUGCCGAAAACACUCUAAAAUGUAAAGUUGAAUCAUUUUUGAAAAUGGGAGAUUCUCAGAAAGGCAAACUGAAGUGGCGUUUUCUAUUGGAGCGGUGUUCUUUGAAACUGAUUGUGAAGCGAAAAUCACCGAUUCGCUUUCAAACUCUAUAUUCCAUAGUGGAAUGUACCGUUGCAAGUCCACGGGAAGUGGAAUCAAAGAUAAAAGUUUACUAA